AUGGAGAAUGAAAUAGCGGAGCUGAAAGCAGCUGUUAAGAACCUUACCAUGCAAUUGAGCAGACGUUCCAGACCAUGUGACCGUUCUAGCAUCCGCAAUCGCAGACGUUCAACUUCCCGAUCUGACUCCAGCUACAGAAGAUACCCAACCUGUUGGUAUCACUCGAAAUAUGAUUCUGAGCUAUCACAGCUUCUAGGCGAUGAAUCAUCACUUCGCAUUAUUAAAGUUAAAGAGCCCGACAGCAAAGUCGAAAUUUUUUGCGACAUAAGUCUAGGCAUACCAAGACCUUUCGUUCCCAAAAGUUUUCGAAAAGCUAUUUUUGACAGUCUACAUUCUUUAAGUCACCCUGGUGCAAACACUACUGCUAAGCUGGUAGCACAGCGAUUCGUUUGGCCAGGAGUCAGAAAAGACUGCCGAGAAUGGUCUCGUACGUGCUUAGCCUGCCAGCGCUCUAAGGUAAACCGCCAUGUGUCAGCACCUUUAGGCACAUACGAUUUACCACGAGCCAGGUUUUCCUAUGUGCAUAUCGAUCUUAUUGGUCCACUCCCAUACUCGAAUAAUUUCCGCUACUGCUUAACAGCAGUUGACCGUUUCAUGAGAUGGGCAGAAGUUAUGCCCAUAGCGGAUAUUACAGCCGAAACUGUAGCGAAGGCACUCCUAUCAGGUUGGAUCGCCAGAUUUGGUUGUCCAACUGACAUAGUGACGGACCGUGGACGGCAGUUCGAAUCCCAUUUAUUUAAUUAUCUAUCGAAAAUAAUCGGAUUCAAACACCGCAGAACCACAGCUUACCAUCCCGCUUCUAAUGGCCUAGUGGAAAGAUUCCACCGACAGCUGAAGACAGCUAUUACAUGUCACGCUGAUAGCAACUGGACGGAAUCUUUACCUCUAGUACUAUUGGGCAUCAGAAGCGCAUUUAAAGCUGAUCUGCAGUGUUCCUCAGCAGAACUCGUCUACGGCGAGCCUUUAAGACUCCCAGGCGAAUUUUUCGAAAGCACAGUAAGCACCACAACUGACAUUACGGAUUUUACUGCACGAAUUCGUUCAGUUUGUGAGAAACUGCAGCCUCGUCCCGCAUCACGGCAUAAUAAAAAUAAAAUAUUUAUAUAUAAGGAUCUCGCUAAUUCCAGCCACGUAUUCCUUAGGGAAGACCGGCUGAAAAGCACCUUCCAUCCUGCAUAUUCCGGUCCACAUGAAGUGACCGAAAGAGGUGAUAAAGUAUUUAAGAUCAUCGUUAAAGGUAAGCAGAUAACAGUUUCUAUAGACCGUCUGAAACCGGCCUAUAUGCUGAACACCAAUCCGCCUUACGACGUCUCUCCUGAUUGCAGCCCCAAAGUCAUGGACGGCAGUUUAGAAAACCGGAAAACUACAAGGGCCGGUAGGCAUGUCAGAUUUCCUGAUUUUUAUCGACCGUAG